CAGAAACGCCACAUUUGGCGACAUUCACUAAGCAUGAUUUACAAAUUUUUUCUACCUUGGCUCCUUCUGCUGGAGCAAUGCCACGGGUUCUGGCAGAUCCAAAGCCCAAGGCCGCCAGAGGGGCUCGUGGCGGGCUGUCAGUGCUUGACCUGAGGCAGAGGCUGAAAGCUUUGGGCCUGCGUGUGACUGGAUCGAAAGCCGAGCUGGAAGAACGUUACGAGGCGGCCACGUCUGCCCACGAGGGCAAGAGAGAAAGAGAAGGAGACGAUGGAGACGAGGAGCUUCCGACCUCGCCAAAGCGUGCGAAGGUAGAGGCUUCUCCCAAGAAGUCGCGGAAACCAAGCUCGCCAAAGACGAGUUCUCCCAAAUCCAGUGCAAAGCUGGAGGAGCCCCCUAGCUCGCCAAAGCGCGCAAAGGUAGAGGCUUCUCCCAAGAAGUCGCGGAAACUAAGCUCUCCAAAGACGAGUUCUCCCAAAUCCAGUGCAAAGCUGGAGCCGGAUACUCUAGAGAGGAUGGUUUCGGACGGCGACGUGGGGGACCCUUUGGACUUCGAAGCUGAGCUCGAGGCACAGUUGGAAGGCCUUGGUGACUUCAAGCCGGAACAGUUGGAGGAAGCGACUCUUGCCGACGAGGCCAAAGAAGAGAAACUCGAGCCAGGCCAGGCUUCGGCCGGCCGCGAAGCUCCCGCACUCCAGGAGGUGAACGAGGUGAAGGAGAUGUGUUCGGCCGCCAUGGAGUCGGAAGACCUGCUGCCCGACGAGUACAGGUUGCAGUUAGAGUCGCCUCACAAAGAUUUGAUUGACAUGGUAAUGAGUUCGCACGCCUGGUGGCGAGCGGGGCUGCGGUCCUUGGUGCAAAGCCUCAAUGACCUGAACGAGGUGGACCGCGCGGAGUUGCCCAAGAAGAUGGAUCAGAUGGGAGCCUCGCAGCUGGCCAAGCUGCUGCGUCGAUUCCAGGAGGCCGUGGAGCGUCCGCUGAAGUCCUUCUCGGAUCACCUGAAGCCCGCGCUCGCCCGGCGGAUUCAUGUGGGGACCAUGGACCUCAUGGGCAGCUCACAUGAAGCUUAUCGUCGAACGUUCGAAUUCAUUGAGCUGACGAACACCUGGAACGAUCUGGACGUGCCCACACGCGCCAUCAGCAAGACCUACAGGCAGCUUGAGUGUGGAUACAGAGACCCCUCGAUGUACAAGGCCCUCGCGCGCCGCGCUGGCGAUGCUCGCGACUCCUUCCGGGUGGUGGUGAAGGUGAGCUGCGUUGCAACGCACAUCCUGAGACUUCAGCAAGUUCAGGACUGGUGGCCGAAGCUCUGGCAAGAGAAGUACCAGCACUUGGCGCCUUGCACCGUGGCCUUCCUGUGGCAGUUUCCACCCAGCUGGGUGUACAGCGACGAGGCCUACCAAAGGAUGGAGCGGCUGGUGGAGUAUUUGGCCUCCAACAAGAGUGGCGUCCAGGAGGCGCGCCACAUCGUGGACUUCAGGGACGGCUCGUGGUACCGCGAAGACGUCUACGAAUUCUUGAAGAAGCACCGUUGGUGUUUAGCCUGGUUGCAUUUGAACAAUGCGGACGGUUGGGCGUCCAACCUGCCCUCCGGCUGGACGGACCGAGUGCAGACGACGAACUUCUGCUUCUGUCGGCUCUUCGGCCCCGACGGGCGAACGCAUGGCAUCUAUGACAACAAGUUCUUGCACGAGCUUUUUGAUAGCUGCCCAAUGGGCACCACGAGCUAUGUGCUCUUCGGGAACAAGGAAACGUUGGAGGACAAGUAUCCCGAUCCGGUCCCUGCGACGAUGAACGCCGUCACGUUCAGGACGAUUUUCACCAAGAUGGACUUCGUCGAACGGAUUCGAGAAGUGCGCUACCAGGGGAAGUGCCCCCGGGUGCUCAAUGCAGAGGUCUCUUUUCGCAGUGAAUCCGGAGGGCGAAGUCCAACGGCUUGGACCAGUUUUGAGGAGACCUUGUUGAUCAACUCUUUCUACUUGCGCUUUUCACAGAAGGCGCGGGCGCAUGGCAUCAAAGUGACGUCGCCCGUCUGCUCGCAGUGGACCCAGAAGUACAAGCCAGAGGCACCGAUGGAAAAGCGUUCCUACGAAUGGUAUUUUCCAGAGACCAAGCAACGCCUUCAUUUGGGCCUGCAUGAUGCCAAAGAGGAGGAGGACCUGUGGAUCUUCCUUCGCCAGCUCACCGGUCUGGAAGACCUGAACGCUGCCAAGGAGUUCAUCUGGAACAAUGCUGGGAAGUAUGGCUUGGAGGCCUUCCGCCGUGAGGAGGUCUCGUUGGUCCUGGGCUGCUUCGUGCGAUGGUCCGAGAAGGCUCGCAUGAUGGGUCUCCUGAGCUCCACGAAGCUGCGCGCAGUCCAUAAAGAUGGAAAGAGCGUGGAGUUUCUACUCUCAAACGGCGAGAAGCUUUGGAUGAGUUCGGAGGAUCUGAAGGAAGAAGAAGACCUUUGGACGUGGAUCUUAGAUUUGAGCCGCGUGCCAAUGCAAUCAUUGGUGGGAGCAGAAGAAGCUCGAGAACAUGAUCCCUGGAAGGAUGGCUCAUGGAAGAGCAAGGCCCGUGAGAUGUGGAACCGCCCCGUGAGCGACAAGGUGGAGGUCGUCUCCACGCCGAAACAGGAGGCCUGGUGGGAAGACAUGGCCGUCCGCGAUGAGAAGGCCAACCAAGCCACACAGAGCACUCAACGGUGCUGGAAGUUUGAGCAGGGCCGAUGCCUGUACGGAGAGAAGUGUCGCUUCUCUCAUGGCGAGGUGCCAACUGCUGGAAGUGGUCAGAGAGGCUGGCGGCGACAGUCCUGGGCCAACGGCAAGGUGGACACGCACAACAUGAAAUCUUUCUGGGGCGACGGGUGAG